CCGCUGCGCCGCGCUCUCCGAGCUGUCCGCCGCCAUCGCCGCUCUCCGUCGCCCGCGCCGCCAUGGCCAACCCCGUCGUGUUCUUCGACAUCGCCGCCAACGGCGAGCCCCUGGGCCGCGUCACCUUCGAGGUGGGCGCCGCGGGUCCGCGCUCGGGUGGGAGGAGGCGGAUGGGGGGAGAUGGGCGGCGUGGGGGCGGCUCCACGUGGCCGGGGCGCCCCUCGGGGCCGGGCCGGGGCGGGAGCGCCGCGCGGGGAACAAAGGAGGGAGACGGGGGGGGAGGGGGGGGCAGCGCUGCGGGGCCGCGCCGCAAACCGCGCCGCCGCCAUUUUCUCUUCGCUGACAAGGUGCCCAUAACAGCAGAGAACUUCCGUGCUUUGAGCACCGGCGAGAAGGGAUUUGGCUACAAGGGCUCCUGCUUCCACCGGAUCAUCCCCGGCUUCAUGUGUCAGGGUGGUGACUUUACGCGCCACAACGGCACUGGUGGCAAAUCCAUUUACGGGGAGAAGUUUGCCGACGAGAACUUCAUCCUGAAGCACACGGGGCCCGGCAUCCUGUCCAUGGCCAACGCCGGCCCCAACACGAACGGCUCCCAGUUCUUCAUCUGCACUGCCAAGACCGAGUGGUUGGACGGCAAGCACGUCGUCUUCGGCCGCGUCAAGGAGGGGAUGAACGUGGUGGAGGCCAUGGAGCGCUGCGGCUCCAAAGACGGCAAGACGAGCAAGCAGAUCACCAUUUCCAACUGCGGGCAGCUCUCGUAAACCCUGCGUCUUAACGCCUGACAUUCCGCCUGCGGCCCGGGCAGCUCGCCUGGCGCAGCCCCCCCCCUUCCCCAUCAUGCUCCUGACUUACUGCUGCGUUUCUACUGGGUCUUGCCGCAUGUGCACAGUCCAACCGGACUGCAGAGUUACGUUUAUGAGUCUAAAUAAAACGAGUUAAACCAC